AUGAAACGGAGCGCAGACAAGCAGCUUACGAAGGAUGAUGCUGAGGACGACGAGGAAAUUGAGGAAAGCUCGCCAGGCCAAGGCUUUAGAAGAGCAGACCAGACAGAACUUUCGAGGAGGCCAAUUAAGGGCCUUCCUAGACGAUCUAUGGCGGGAGCUGCGGCUGCAGGUUCAGCGGCACCGCGUACGGUACCAGCACCGUCAGUGCCCGCUUUAUCUUCUACAGCGGAGCCGCCACCCAAGUUCUCUAGCUUUUCUGGCUUCGGCGCGACCACUAACAGCUCAACAUCGUUCUCCUUCGCUGCUCCCACAACACAAGCACCAUCAACCCAGCCACCACCUUCAGCUAGCACGUUUAUAUUUGGACCAUCUUCAAACACCAGUGGGAUCGCUUCUGUCACGGCGAGCGGCCCUCCUGUCGCUCCUUCCGCGUCGCGGGCCACUAAAACAUUUGCGUCGUUCUUGAGUGCAGCCCCUGAUCCUCCGGCGACCAAGCAGAAAUUAGAUGCAGCCCCUACAGACGCAGAAGAUGACGCGCUCAGGGAAGAAGUGCGGUACCUACUCGCACUCCGUGGUCUCAAUACUUCAUUCUUGUCCGCUGUGGCCAAGGCAGUUGAAUCAGACCCGUUCAUUGAUAUUGCCGGUGUUCUUGAGCAAUACAAGAACAUGCGUCUGUCUGCGCAAACAGAAUACGACGAGAAGGUGAAGACCAUUCGAAGUGCUAGUACGGAGUCACGUUUACCGAGCUGGGAUGCUGCCACCUCAACGAAACCGCCAGCUGCCAGUCCAUCAGCCCCUUCGUUAGGCUCAGCUUUUAUGCCCAAGCCUCCAUCCUCUUUCACUGGAUUUGGCGCAUCGACAAUCUCGUCGCCACCUGCACCCACGUCGAGUUCUAGUGUGGCGGACGCUGCUAAAACGUCUAGUAGUACUACUGGCUUCACGUUUGGCUCAAGCUCAGGCGCUUCAAACACGUCUGGUAAUACUACUGGCUUCACGUUAAGCCCAAGCUCAAGCGCUUCAAAUACGUCUGCUAGCACAGCGCCUGCACCACCCAAGUCGGCGUUCACCUUUGGUAGCUCAGGUUCAUCGUCAUCCUCGUCGUCUCCCUUCUCGCUCGCGCAGUCAACAUCCUCCCCCUUUGGUGCGACGGCUUCUCCAUUUUCUAGCGGCACCUCUCCUCAAUCAAUGUUCGGUUUUGGUAAGAGUGACUCUUCCACCAUCAAAGCUGAGGAGGGUGCGUCUUCAAAGUCGAAUUCGUUCGCGUUCUCGAAUGCGCCACCAUCUGGAUCUGCCAGCAUUUUCGGUAAGCUAGGCGAUGACAAGGACAAAACGAAGGAUGUCAAGGACGAAGAGGCAGCCGCCCAAGCGAGUAGCGGCUCUACAUCUGGAUCAAGCCUCUUCGGCGGAACGUCUGUUUUCGCCACGCCAGAGAAAUCGACAACCUCAUUCACAUUCGGUGCUGCUUCUUCCGCGGCAUCUACUAAGUUCGGUGGGUUUAGUGGUUUCGGCAAGGCCGGAAGUAUAGGUAAUCCAGUUGGCUUCAACUUCGGUAGCCCACCCAAAACCCCCGACGGAGAGACGGCCACUAUUCCGAGCAAGCUGCCUACAUUUACUUUCGGAUCCUCAGCCAAGUCGGAUUCUGGCAAGGCCCUUACGGAAGAGAAUGCGAGCGGCGAGUCAGGUACAAGUACACCUGCGCCAGAAGCCGAAGCCGAGCCUCAACCUCAAUUGAUAUCAACUUCUGUACACGAUAUGGAGGGUGAGGGCGAAGAGAAUGAAGUGACGACCCACGAGAUCAGGAGCAAGGUUUUCAAGAUGAUGAAGCGUGAUGGAAAGAACGAAUGGAGUGAUUUAGGCGUCGGUGUGCUGCGUCUCAAAACGAAUAACGACACAGACGCAAGACGAAUACUGCUGAGGAACAGCAGCACGGGCAAGAUCACAAUUAACUUUAUCAUCUACUCAGGCAUGAAUGCUACCGUUUCAAAAAACACUGUUUCGUUCAUCGGUCACAAUGAGGGCACUUCGACGCCAUAUCGCAUACGGACAAAGACAGAAGAGCAAGCAAAUGCUUUGAAGUCUGCUCUUGAUCGGGAAAUAGAAUUUGUCCGUGGAAAGUCGCAAUCAUGA